AUGUCCUCAAGUACACCCACGCCGCCAGAUACAAAUGGCGCCAACUCCCACAAACGCCCUCACAGCCCAGACGCCGACUCCAAUGGUCGAGAAGGGGCCGCCGAUAACAGCAACGUUCCCAAGCCGAAACGCCUAGCAUGUAUGAUAUGCCGAAAGCGCAAGUUGAAGUGUGACGGAGUGCGGCCCAGUUGCAGCACUUGCGCCAGGCUGGGCCAUUCUUGCGCCUACGAUGAGGUUCGCAGGAAGAGUGGCCCCAAGCGAGGAUAUGUCAAGGCUCUCGAGGAACGACUGAAACAAGUCGAAACCCUGCUCAAGACCCAAGACCCUCCCCCCGUGCCAUCCAAUCCCUCCUCCAACAUCCCUCACAACUUGGACGCAACCGCCGCCAAUCGUAGCCGAGCCACCGCCGCCCCGACUAGUUAUAGUAUUCCCAAUCCCGCUCUUGGUCUCGGCGGUGAUCACGACGUCGACCGAUGGCGCUUUACCGGCGAGUCUCCCCAGGCUCAGAAUGCGGCUGCCCCUCCUAUGGAUGAUUUCAACUUCAACUCGAGCAUGUCAAUGGGCAUGAGCAACGCCGGGAGCAAUUUCACUUGGGAAAUGAUUGGAUUGGGCCUUGAAGAACCUCUUCCGCCACAGGAAACCAUUGACGAGCUGAUUGGCCUACAUCGCCUCGAUGGUGCCGGACUGGACGUGAAGCAGUGUCUUCCGCCGCCAAGAGACUGGACCGAGCGCGAGGAGAGACGGCGUACCUUUUGGAUGGCAUUUUGUGAAGAUCGCUACGCGAGUAUUGGCACCGGGUGGCCGAUGACAGUGGAUGAAAAGGACAUCAUGACAAACCUGCCUUGUACAGAGGAGUCUUUCGACAUGAGCCGACCCGAGCAGACGCAGUCGCUGCAAGACUGCAUGAGCCCGUCUGGUGCUGGCAAACUCUCCUCUUUUGGAGGCAUCGUACUGAUGGCAUGCCUCUUUGGCCGCAACCUGAUUCACUUGCACCGGCCUGACCCCGAUGAUCGAGACCACGACCUCAACGGUGAGUUCUGGAAGCGGCACCGCAACAUGGACAACAUCCUUCUCAACACUUCUCUCUGUUUGCCGUCGCACCUCAAACUUCCCAUUGGUCUGGGCAACCCCAACAUCGUCUUCACCAACAUGAGCAUUCACACAUCGACAAUCUGUUUGCACCAGGCCGCCAUCUUCAAGGCAGACAAGAACAAACUUCCGGCUUCGGUCAGUGCAGAAAGCAAGGUGCGCUGUAUUACUGCGGCAAACGAGAUCGCGAGUAUCAUGAGAAUGAUCUCACACAUGGAUCUCUCAGCGCCCGGCUCGGCCAACGGCGGCACCGCCAAGAGUGGUGCUGUGUGUGACGAUCCGGAAGGCGUCCAGGGUAUCAUGUCCUAUCGUAACGAGUGCCACUUUAUGAAGACUGUGGAUGACGAUGGAAACGCCGCCAAUGCGCCCAACAUUGUCGAGCCUGGCCAGAAUGACGAAAGCGCUCCAAUUUCCGCCUCCGCGACGACUAAUCUCGGUGGUCCAGGCGGCUGGCUGUCUGCAGAGGCAUCCCUGUUGUAUGGUUCAAACAGUACCAACAACCUCCCAUUGCAUGGAAGUUCAUUGACGCCGAGCUCUGGAUCCAUGUACGACAAAUCCGGAUCAAGCAGUGGGCGUGUCACUGGGUUUGGACAAAGCGAAAGCAGUGGGGACAACAACAUGUCUGGGUCACCAGAUGGUGACCAGUCUAACCGGCCAACACCGAACUCGACCGCCUCGGAUCCGCGAGUGAGUAUGGCAGGCGGACUCGAUGGGUCUGGGAGAAACUCUUUCGAUACCAACUCAGCCACGGCGCAAUCAAACAACAAUGCACGAGGUAGCGCAGACGCAAAUGCCAAUUACUUCAACGAUGCAGGCGGGUUUGGAAUCCGCACUGGGCUGACGCCGAACCAAAGGUUUUCUAUGCCUGAUACACCUGGAGCAGACUUUGGAAUGCCCAAUGGCUGGGGCGACUUGCAGGGCCAGACGGGCAUGACGCCUGUUGCCGAGGGUGUACUUCGAUCACUGAUGAAUAUGGGGCCGAUGGACGCGAUGGACCUUUCCUCGUGGGAUGCGACAAAUUGA